AUGGAAGAAGCUAAGGUAAAUCUCUCUAGUCGAUCGGAGCCCUCGGGUAGCCGAGAAUAUGACAACGAGAAAGCUCUUGACGAUCUGCCGAAAUCUUCUGCCAAUGACACCCAGGCCAUUCCAAAUGGUGGUUUGAAGGCCUGGCUGCAGGUACUUGGAACCUUUUUCAUAUUUUUUAACACCUGGGGCAUUCUCAAUACAUUUGGGGCGUAUCAGACGUAUUAUGAGACAGGAAAGUUGUUUGCCGCAUCUUCCUCGAAUAUCUCCUGGAUAGGGUCUGUCCAAUCAUCUUUGCUCUUAAUCCUCGGACUAGUUACUGGGCCACUGUACGAUGCUGGAUAUUUCUAUCCUCUUUUAUACAGCGGAUCAUUCAUGAUCAUUCUGGGACAAAUGAUGACGAGCCUUUGUCAUGAAUAUUAUCAAUCAUUGCUUGCACAAGGGUUUUGCAUCGGUAUCGGUGUUGGUCUCAUCUUCAUCCCUGGCGUUGCCCUUUUGUCAACCUAUUUCACUUCAAAAUUGGCCCUUACAAAUGGCAUAGCGGCGGCCGGAAGUGGCUUGGGCGGGAUUAUAUAUCCAAUAAUCUUCCACAAAUUGUGCGAUGAAAUCGGCUUUGGCUGGACCGUUCGGGCAAUUGGACUUGUCAUAUUCGUGACAUUGCUUAUUCCCCUUCUAGUCUUCAGGGUCCGAGUUGUGCCUCCGAACAAGAGGAGAUUGCUGGACCUAGCCGCUUUCAAAGAACCAGCCUAUACUUUCUUCGUUCUCGGAGGUCUCCUUACCUUCGUGUCCCUGAACAUCCCUUUCUUCUACAUCCAAUACUACGCCAUCAGCAAGGAAAUUUCCACUCAUGAUCUGGGAUUCUACCUUCUUUCCAUCAUUACUACUGGCUCUGUGUUUGGGCGAGUAUUCCCAAAUUUCUUUGCGAAUAGGGUGGGCCCCUUCAACAUUGUUUUUUCGUGUACCGUCAUAUGUGGCGGAUUGAUGUUUGCCCUGGUAAACUUGUCCAGUUUGGCUGGUAUAGUGGUCAUCUCCUUUUUCUACGGAUUCUUUUCAGGGGCUUUUGUUUCCUUGCCUCCAACUUGCUUUGUGAAGCUUUCACCAGAUCGAAGCUUAAUCGGAACACGCAUGGGUAUGGGAUAUGCAACCAUGACAGUCGGUAUGUUGGUCGGCACACCUGCAGCGGGCGCUAUUCUGCAGAGCAAAGGAUUUAACUCUAUGUGGAUAUUCGGGGGUGUUGUGUCGAUCGCCGGAGGAUUGACCAUGAUGAUCAGUCGGAACAUUCAAGGGGGGUGGAAGCCAUUCGCGAAAGUGUGA